AUGAUUUGGUUCAAUCAAGUGGCUCUUUUCCUCAGCAGCGCGUUGCUCGUGGCCGACUUGCUGCCUGUUGGGGCCGUCCGGACCAUCAUCCCCAAGACCAGCUUCGACUCACAAUCCAACUUCAAUACCGAUUGGAACUACCUCUACCCCUGGGGUACCGACCACAACGGUGGCGCGCGCAUGAACCAGAGCAACGUCAAGUUCAGCGAAGGCGUUCUCACGCUCACAGCCAACAAAGUCAGCGGCCAGCCGCAGGCAACGCACGGCGGCCAGAAGAUCGACAUCAACUACCUCAGUGGCGCGAUCCAUGCCAAGGAACACUUCAACGUCUCCCGCGGCGGCGGCUACGACUUCAACGCCGAGCUGAAGGCGACAACCACCAAGGGCACAUGGCCCGCCUUCUGGCUCACCGCCGUCGAGGGCUGGCCGCCCGAGAUCGACAUGGCGGAGUGGAAGGGCAGCGGCAAGAUCAGCUUCAAUACGUUCAACACCAGCUCCAUCGUCGCGGCCAAGGACGUCGAUUAUCCUGAUCCCAGCAGCUUCCACAAGAUCAAGUGCGAAACGAGAGACCUCAACGGAAAGGACGUCCAGGCCAAGUUCUACAUGGACGAUCAGCUCAUUACAACGCAAGUUGGCGCCGGAUACUUUGGAAAGCCCAUGUACUUGUGA